AUGGCGAUCCAGAAGAAGCACGGAAAGGGUCGUCUCGACAAGUGGUACAAGCUCGCCAAGGAGAAGGGCUAUCGUGCCCGUGCCGCCUUCAAGCUGAUCCAGCUCAACAAGAAAUAUGGUUUCCUCGAGAAGAGCAAGGUCCUGCUGGAUCUCUGCGCCGCCCCUGGUUCAUGGUGUCAAGUCGCUGCAGAGGUUAUGCCUGUCAACAGUCUCAUUAUCGGCGUCGAUCUCUCUCCCAUCAAGCCCAUUCCCAAGGUCAUCACCUUCCAGAGCGACAUCACCACAGAACAAUGCCGCGCGACUAUCAGGAAACACCUCAAGACAUGGAAGGCUGACACGGUCCUUCACGACGGAGCGCCCAACGUCGGUACGGCCUGGGUACAGGACUCGUUCAACCAGGCGGAGCUGGUCUUACAAUCCAUGAAGUUGGCUACCGAUUUCCUCGUCGAGGGUGGUACCUUCGUCACCAAGGUCUUCCGCUCAAAGGACUACAACUCCCUGCUCUGGGUCUUCAACCAGCUCUUCACCAAGGUCGAGGCAACCAAGCCGCCCUCGUCUCGAAACGUCUCCGCCGAAAUCUUCGUCGUGUGCCGCGGCUUCAAAGCUCCUAAGCACAUCGACCCCAAGUUCCUCGACCCCCGCGCCGUAUUCGAAGAGCUCGCCGCACCCACCCCUAACAACGAGGCCAAGGUCUACAAUCCCGAGGUCAAGAAGCGCAAGAGAGACGGUUACGAAGAGGGCGAUUGGACCCAGUUCAAGGAGGUCCCUGCCUCCGAAUUCAUCCAGACCACAGAUCCUAUUGCUAUUCUAGGAAGCAAGAACCGCCUGCAUUUCGACCAAUCGAGGAACGGGGAUGUAGCCCUCGCAGCACUGAACAAGCUGCCUGAGACGACAGACGAGAUCCGUCGGUGCUGCGACGAUUUGAAGAUCCUCGGCAAGAAGGAGUUCAAGCUGCUGCUGAAAUGGCGACUCAAGGUCCGUGAGAAGUUUGGCUUCCCCACCAAGAAGAGCAAGCAGGAACCCGAACUUGCCGAGGAGACGGCAGAGGUUGAAGACAUGGACGAGGAGAUGAGGAUACAGGAGGAGCUGCAGGCACUCAAGGACAAGGAAGGCACAAGAAAGAAGAAGGAAAGGCGCAAGGAGAACGAACAGCGCCAGAAGGACAUAGUGCGCAUGCAGCUCAACAUGACAGCACCCAUGGAUAUCGGUAUGGAAGAGCGAGGGCCAAUGGGCGAGGACGCCAUGUUCCAGCUCAAGGCGGUCGACAAGGCGGGGGCCCUGGGCAGGAUAUCAAAGGGGAAGAUGGUCAAAUUGAGCGAGCAGGAUGCGAGAAAAGACCGAGACAGCGGCCUGGGCACCUCACCAGACUCGGACGAGGACAGCGAUGAGGAGGAGGAUAGGCUCGAGCGGGAGCUUGACGGCAUGUACGAUGCCUACAAGGAGCGCAAAGCGGCAACGGAUGCAAAGUACCGAGCCAAGCGGUCAAAGAAAGAGCACGAUGAUGACGAAUGGGAGGGUGUGUCUGCCGACGAGAAAGAAGCCAGCGACGAGGAGAGUGAGCUGGACGAAGACAGCGACGAGGACUCUGAUGCCGACGAAGACGGCACUUCUGGCCAGAAAACUCUCUUGACAGAUCUUGAAAAGGAUACGGCAGACUCGUCGGGGCUGUCAAAACGCGCUAGAGCCUUUUUCAACCAGGACUUGUUCAAGGACUUGGAAGGUCUGUUGGACGAGCCUGAGGACGAGCCAGCCAAGAAGGGGAAGGCCGAGGAGGCGGAUGUCGACAUGGUCGACGAAGUCUCUUCGGAUGAGGACACGCCAGCGACUGGAUCCAAACCGAAAACGCCGGUAGCUGUUGAUGCGUACGAGUAUGAAGGCGAAGUAUCUGAUGAGGUCAAGUCCGCCAAGCAGAAGGAGGUCGGGCAAGAUGAGGAAGAGGAGAGCGACUGGGAAGAGGAGGAGAGGCGCGAAAGGCGCGAGCGCGACAACAGGCCAGAAAUUGACAUCAUAACGGCCGAGGCAAUGACCCUGGCGCACGAGCUCGCGACGGGCAAGAAGUCGAGCCACGACCUGAUGGACGAUGGGUUCAACAAGCACGCGUUCAGGGCGGACCGGGACGGGCUUCCAGACUGGUUCACGGAGGACGAGUCACGGCACGACCGGCAGCAGAAGCCCAUUACCAAAGCUGCGGCUGCGGCGAUCAAGGAGAAGCUGCGGGCAUAUAACGCGCGGCCGAUCAAGAAGGUGCGCGAGGCUAAGGCGCGCAAGAAGCUCAGGGCAGCGGACCGGCUGGAGAAGCUCAAGAAGAAGAGCGACGUGCUGGCGGCGUCCGAGGGCAUGACGGAGAAGGAGAAGGCCGACAGCAUCUCCAAGCUAAUCUCCAAGGCCAACAAGAAGGUGCGCCGACCGCCGGUCAAGGUGGUGGUGGCCAGGGGCGCGAACAAGGGCAAGGGCAGGCCCAAGGGCGUCAAGGGCAGAUACAAGAUGGUCGACUCGAGGAUGAAGAAGGAGAUGCGGGCACUGAAGAGGAAAGCGAAGGCAAAGAAGUAG